AGUUCAGGAAGGGAAAGACAGAGGAGGUGCAGUUUGGAGCCAUCCUUGCAAUCGUCCUGCGGCGGCACAGGCCGCUCUGGGGCGUUGUGUAUGUGCCAUCAGUGGGUGCCCCAGCGCCAGGCAAUGAGCACUGCAGUGCUGGCUCUGCUCUGUGGACUUCAGUCCGUGUUGAAGUCCUGCUGGACGAGGGAGUGGUUUUCCCACUGCCAGCAACAAGAGCGGGAGCAGCCGGGAUGUGGGGGAAGCCGAGUGCUGCAGCCCUGGGGGAGAGAGGCAGGGCGGUUUCCCAGCUGCUCCCACGCCCAGCACCUCGCAGGCAUCUCCCUGCAGCCUCCUGCCCCCAUCCCACGCAGCGAGGUGCAGGCACUUCGUUCCCCAGCCCUCCUCUUUUUUUUUCCCCAAGCUGAGAGUGCUCAGCGAGCCCAGGGGCGAACCCGGAUCUCCUGCCCCUGUGACUCACGCACAGGUGACAUCUGGCUCCAUGGCAGCUGACGGGGCACUGCCCCUGCCUUGUCUGCAGGCACUGCAGCAGCAGCAGACGUGUCCCGAAGGAGCGCCCGGGGCUCGCUGCCCCUGCCCCAGGGUUUAAAGGCCACUGACCCCUCUGAGGGGACGUCCCAGAAUGUCCCGGCCACGGCAAAGCCGGGCGCUUGUCAUCGUCAACACCGAUUUCUGCAGCAGCGAUGGUGACGUGGGGCUCAGGCCCCGCCGAGGAGCCAGGAGGGAAGCUGAGAAGCUCUCUCGGGCGCUGGCGCAGCUCAGCUACAAGGUGAAGCUGAUGCACAACAGGACAGCCAAGGAGAUGGAGGAACUCUACCAGCAAGAGUGCAGCCAUGAGCACGGGGAUUACUUUGUGAGCAUCAUCUCCAGCCACGGGGAGGAGGGGGCCGUGCUGGGCUGUGACUGCAGACCGCUCCGGCUCACCCGCAUCUUCCAGAUCUUGUCAUCCCGGAACUGCCCGGCGCUCGCCGAGAGACCCAAAGUCUUCUUCAUUCAGGCAUGUCGGGGGGCCGCGCUGGACCAGGGGGUGUUCGUGGAGACUGACAGCGGGCAGCCAGAGCCGGACAGCUUCUCAGAGUACCUGCGCAUCCCCCCCAACACCGCUGUGAUGUUCGCCUGCAGCCCAGGCUACGGGGCCUUCCUGAACCCCGCGGGAUCCAUGUUCCUGCAGGCGCUGCUGGCAGCGCUGGCUGGGGAGGAGCGCGGCCUGGCCCUCAGCCGCUUGGCCACCCGCCUCAACGCGGCCGUGGCCCUGGGCUGCCAGGCCCGCGGCGCCUACGAGGGCUGCAAGCAGAUGCCCUGCUUCGUCACCAACCUGCCGCGGGACGUCUUCCCCUUCUCGGCUGCGGAUGAGCCCCAGGAAGGGAUGGAGGAGGAGGAGCAGCAGAAGCCCGCGGCCUCCUAGGGGGAAAUAGAGAAACACAACAGAAACCCCCCCAGAAAGGUGCCCUGGGCUGUGCCGGAGCUGCCCGGGGUACAAGGAAAGUCUGGGGUGCAUCACGGCCCUAUCACGACCCAGGGGGAGGGAUGUCACCCUGCUGCUCGAUGGCAGGCCGUGUUUACGUGUGGUUCUAGCAGGGCUCGUGCUCCCACUUAUCCCCGCCAUCUCCUGCCAUGAAAGAGCCCCGGUGCUGUGAACACCGCCUCAUCCAUGCUGUUAUCUAAGUGACCCUGAACAGACCACGGAACACGGGCUUUUUUUUCUUAGGGAGGAAAAGCUGAUGUUUGCCUGCCUGGUGCCCUGCCCGUAAGGAAAACACUGCUGUGUUGGUGUAAAGAUCGCAGCAGGCCCGAGGUGUUUGUCCUUACGAUUGUUUCUCCGUUCAAAACUUUAAAAAUAAACAGGGACCAGUGGUCAGAACUUGGGGGCGGAUUGGGGUGGGUUCUCCUUUCGUCUCCGGCACCAAAAAACAAGCACAAUAAAACCUCCCUCCAGCGCCCACCCUGCGCCCAAGCAUUAAAUCUGUGUUGCCUGCACCCCAAGGGCCUCUCAGACAAACCCUGCUCGUGUUGGUAUUUCUCAACCCCGAGCAACCCAGCUCCGAUAGGCAGAGCCCUACCCAGCCCCACAGAUAAUUUUGGUGUCAAUUAGCAGGACUUUGGAUCCUCAGCAGGCAGGUGGUACCACUGUCCCAACACCACCCCACGCUCCGGGGUGCUCACAUUGCUGCCUCUUGUCAAGGAUCUCCUGGGUUGCUCCCUCCCUAUGCACUUGCUCUGCCUGUAGGAAGAAAACAAUUUGGAGACCCUUACAGCACCCCCAGGUCGAGGCAAAGCUGGGCAAGGGGCUUAGAGCUGUUGGAAGAGUCCAGUUCUGGCUUCUCCAGGAAAUGACCCCGAAGAUGUGCAGAGCUGUGAAUGUAGCAAUGCUCAGAAGAGCUUUCACCAGCCCAACAUGCAAUUGAACAGUUUUCAUUUUUAAUCCCCUGCUUUCACCACUCUGUCUGCCCCCAAGCUCUCAGCAAUCCGGUCAAGGGGGAAGAAGAAAGAAAUCACCAGCAGCCCUCCCCUUCUCCUCGCCUGUCCUCAGCUGGUGCCAGCCAAGCUGGCGGCACAAGGGUGGACUUUCUCCUUCCGGAGAGAAAGCGGGGGAAAGUUUAUUCCGUGCACUGCAGGAAGCACCGCACUGCACCCAUGUGCACCCUCAACACGUUCACCCUGCCAGCAGCACCCUGCCCUGGGCUCCUUCUCUCCCAGUCCAUCCCGGUGCCGCAGCCACUGGGUGCUGCUCGAGGAGCCUCCCUGUGGGUGAAGGAGGGAAGGCAGAGCUGUAAAAAGCAUCGGAGCGCGGCUGCACCUCGCCUGCUGGCUCAGCCCACAGCGCUGACCCAGGGCCAGCUGGGUGAAAGGGGAAGCACUCAAACAGCUCGAAGUGAAAGGCCGUCUGGUUUCGUUCCGGCUGCAGCGUGCUCGGUCAUGGGACGACUGAGUUUGCAUCCACAAACGGAGGCUCUGCACAAAGCCUAGAAUACCAGCAAUGAUCAAAGAGA